UUUCAAAGCUUAUCCAUGAGCAUGAACCAUGCCCACUAUAAAAGAAGUUUGGUUGUCACAAUUUACUACAUACCCAAAAAUCCUUACCAAAUCUACAAAGUUUCAUCAAAGAGCAAAGAAGAAGAAGAAGAAGAACAAGGCGAGAUGGAAGGCUUAAUUCCUUAUAUUCUGCAUGCAAUAAAGAAACAAAGGCCUCACAGGACCUACAAGUCUUUCUCUGAGGGCUCAAGCCGUAGAUACCAUUUGCUGAUAGGAUCGGGUGACUCCAUCAAUGGCUCGUCUCAUCGGCGAACCAGGUCGGAGUUCCAGCCACCCGCCAUGGAGUUACUGGAGCAGCGAUCUGCUCUUGAAUAUGUCCGUUCAAGUAGCUUGAGAAAACGGUCCGUCAAUUCUCCUACGGUGGCUAGUGAGUCAAAGUUUGGUACCACUGCAUAUCAUGGUCGACAGAGUAAAUUUCCAGGGAUGUGAAGAAUAAUAACAUUUCUUUUGUCUGACAAUAUAUUCAAAAUGAAGAAUUGAUUGGUUUUAGUUUAUUAUUUGGAUUGUGUUUAGGGUGAAAGAUAAGUGUACUAUAAGACUAGAGUGGAAAUAAUUGUACAUUUAUGAUGUGAAGCCAUCUUUUUUAAACUAAUUAAUGGAAAUUGUAAAUUUAAUUUAGUUCUCA